AUGCAGCUGUCCCAGGCUGACGCGCUGGAGCUCUUAGUGCUACUAGCCGCUCUGAACGAGGCAGAGAGCUGGCUACGUCCCUUAAUACCAGACGUGCGGCUGGACCUGGGCGCCUAUGGCUACGCGAAUGCAGUGAAGGAUUUUCGGUUCGAUGUCCACGGCAUCCGGCUACUCGUCCGUCUCUGUGCCAUGCCCGACACGGUGUUCACUGAGGCAGGCGACCGCUGCGUUGCCGAGGAAGCGCGCGCUGUCAUGUUGUAUCGGCUAUCCUACCCAAGGCGGCUCCACGAUAUGAGGGACAAGUUCGGGCGCUCAACGCCAGCGCUCAGUAGGAUCUUCCUGUGGACAGUUGAAUACGUAGAUAAUCGCUACAGUGAGCUUAUGUACUUCAACCUAAAGCUGGUGACAGCUAAAAUGAAUGACUACUGUGCGGCUAUUCAGCGCCGAAGUCCCGCCCAAGGCAUUUUUGCAUUUCCCGACGGCACAAAGGUCCCAAUUUGCCGCCCAUCACCUCGCCAAAGGCGCAAAUCGGAAACCUACAACACCAAGGUUGACAGCGGCCGACGGUCUAUGUAUACAUUUUUUGGGCCGUAUGAAGGCCGACGCCUCGAUACCACGGUAUUUGCAGCAAGUGCCCUGCUCAACUUCUUCGGCCGGCACUCUGUAUUCGAAUGCAAAGCCAUUUUCGGCGAUCCGGCCUAUUCUAUCAGCAAGUACGCAGUGACGCGCUUCAAAAGCGUCGUCCAAACGACACAUGAGCGCAUCUUCAACAAAGAGAUGAGCUCAGUUCGCGCGGCGCUUCGCUUAAGCCCCAUAGGUAAGUUUGUUCGUGUAGCUAUGCUGAUGACGAAUUGUCUUUGCUGCUACCAGGGUGGCAACCAGAUUAGUAGCUACUUUGAGCUGCAACAACUACAAGAAUACUUGCAAUAA